AUGGCGAAUGGACACGAAGCUGAAGACGCUAUUGGUCACUCUAAGAACAGCGACAACAACGUGAUGAGCGUCACCCGCCUGUAUUCAGGUCUUAAGAGUCUUCUGGCUGCUAUUGAUAUCGAUGCGCUCAAGACUCACCCAGCUGGUCAAGUAUUAGUGAUGGUUGAACCUACAGAUAAAGAGCAUGACAUCCACACACAGUUGCAGGCACUGGCAUCGUGCCUUGUUCACGCUAAUUUUCGUUCUGUCAUUGUAAAGUGUCUGCGGCCAUUCAUGCUGGAUCUAAUAAUGCGUCUUAUAGACCCAGUGCUUGUGCUGUACGAGCAAGUGGAGGAGGAAUGGAAGGACAUUGAGUGUUCCGAUAGCAUGAAGAGAAGUGAGCUUCUUGCUGCAACAUUAGCCGAGCUACUAGUGUAUCUACCGGCUACAAGCACUUUAGCUGAACAAUACUUUGAAACAGCGUUGUGCUUCUUUACGUUUGCGGACGUUGUAGCCGCUCAGAAGCAGCAAAAUGCCGAGACGCUGCCGAGAUUACGACGCAUUGCUCAGACAGCCUUUCAGCUGCUCCGAGUAAAACCUAUGGAGCUCAUGUCAAUGUGGAAUUGGACGUCUUUUUUUCCGCUCAGUUUCCACGACGAUACGUGCGUCCGCUGGUAUGCAGCACGUGCUACUGCAUCGGUUUUGAAGAUGGGUAACGCACAGAGGAAACAAUUUCUUUGUAGAUUGAGUGUUGGUGAGGAAGCUGCGUUGAGUGCCACCAGCUCCGCGGUGCGACAGAUUGAACUAGAGCAGCACUGCAAGGACUUGACACGACAAGAAGAGAUGAUUGAAGUGAGUUUAUAUCAGCAGCAGGAUGAAAGGGAUGGCGUAGAGUCACAAGCGUUGCCCUUUCAUAAGUCACUAGUGAAUAUUUUUGGCGUUGUCGUUCCGACGAGCAACAUUCACGAGCAACGAUUUGGACUGACAGAUACUUCAGUAGCCACCAAAGUGUUGGUGCCCACGCCUUCGACCAAACGGAAUUUACGAUCACUCUCCAUUGCACUUGGUUUGAAAAAGCCGAUUCUAGUGACAGGCCCGGACGGAUGUGGCAAGACAGCUACGAUUCGUGAACUUGCUCGACUUUCUUGCAACGACGACAUGAUCGAGCUGCAUUUGGACGACCAGAUUGAUAGCAAGACGCUACUUGGAUCGUAUGUGUGCACAGACGUCCCUGGCGAAUUUACGUGGCAACCUGGUGCGCUUACAACUGCCGUCCUUGCAGGACGAUGGGUGCUUAUUGAAGAUAUUGACCGGGCCCCAUUCGAGGUGCUUGCAACGCUUAUGCCGCUACUUGAAAUGCGCGAAAUGGUGCUACCUGGUCGCGGUGAGUUACUAGUUGCACACGCGAAUUUCCAGAUUUUCGGGACGACAACGUACAAGCAUCAAAUGCCUAAGGGAUUUCAGGAGUCUCUUUGGGCAAAUGUUGGUCUUGCCCCACUUGUAGAUAGUGAGAUUGAGCAAAUUAUACUAACUCGUUUUGCGAAGAUACCGCGACAGGUUGUGUCAAGCAUCAUGACCACGUACAACGCGGUGUGUGGCAACACAAGCGAAGAGAUCAGUGGUCCUGCACAGCUGUGGAAGGAGACACGACGCAAUUACGGGCGUGCUUUUUGCUUGCGUGAUUUAUUGAAGUGGUGCAAACGAAUUUAUCGCUUCUGCUAUUGUGCGACAAGAGCUGCUAUCGAUAGCUUACCCUCCAAGUUGGAAUACAUAAGCGAGGAUGAGCGUAUGCGUGUUGUAGUGGAAGCACUUGACGUGUUCUGUGCAGGCAUUAGGGAAUCAAAGACGCGCUUACUUUCCGCUUGCGCGAUAGCAGCCAUAUGGAAAGUGCGGCCCGACAAGAUUAAAUAUUAUCUGGAGCAGCACAAGCCUCAUGUUGCAUUUAGCAAACACGAAGUGGUGUUUGGUCGUGUACACUUGCCGACACUAUCACAGCAAGCGCAGCUUGAGCAAGGUGACAAGCCAGCUACUAGCUCUGUGGUAAUGACUGGCCAUGUGCUACGUCUAUUGGAGAAGAUGGCAGUCAUUGUAGCGACUUGUGAGCCAGCACUGCUUAUCGGUGAGACUGGUUGCGGUAAAACAACGAUAGUUCAGCACAUGGCCGCAACAAUGGGACAGCAUCUGGUAGUACAAAACUUGAAUAUUCAGAGUGAUAGUUCCGAUCUUGUGGGAGGAUACAAACCAGUGGAAAUUCACCUGCUCGCCCGUCCAUUGUACAUGACAUUUGUAGAUUUAUUCACAGGUACGUUUUCGCAAAAAAGUAACGCUCAAUUUCUGGACUUGGUGCGAACUGCGUUAGAACAUAAGGACUGGAAGAAACUUGUAAAGGGCAUGAAGAAAGCCGUUCAGAUGGCUGCUUCUAAACUCAAAACCAGCCUAGGCGAAGGGGGCCAAGAUGCAUUGGAAAGUACUGGUAGAAAGAAAAUUUGUUCAACUGGCGCGUCGACGAGAAUGUUGGUAAGCCAAUGGGAUACCUUCGAGGCGGAAUUGAUGCGAUUUGAGCGGCAGAAAGAGCAAGCUGAAUUACACUUUGCCUUUUCUUUUGUGGAGGGUGUUUUAGUGAAAGCACUGCGAGAGGGUCAUUGGGUGCUGCUUGAUGAAAUUAAUCUUGCAUCUUCUGACAUACUGGAGCGAAUAAGUACGCUAUUAGAACACGAAACAAGCGCGUUCUCUCUCACAGAGCGAGGAGAUGUGGAAGUAAUUCGUCCACAUCCUAAUUUUCGUCUUUUUGGUGCUAUGAACCCGUCAACAGACGUCGGUAAAAAGGAUUUGCCUCCUUCGCUCCGCAAUCGCUUUACAGAAAUUUAUGUUGACGAGUGUGUCGACCCUUCAGAUUUGCAAAUGGUGGUUCACCAUCAUUUCAAGCAGAUUCCAGGCGCGUUAGUUCCCGAAACGGUCGAAUUUUAUCUAGAGGCAAGGAAGCAAGCUGACCUACGACUGAGUGAUGGUGCAUGUCACAAACCCCGCUAUUCUCUCCGUACGCUGAGCCAGGCACUGCAUAUCACUCGUAUUUUGAUUCAGCGAGGUUAUGGCACAUCCCGAGCAAUGUUUGAAGGCUUUUGCUCAAGCUUUUGUACGCAGCUUGAGAUGGAAUCGCGUCAAUAUCUGGAGAGACUCAUUAAGAACACGUUUGCAAAGACAAUAAAGUCGAAGGAGCUUACCCGCUGCCCACCAUGCCCUGGACGCUCAAAGAAGACUUCUGAAUAUGUCUUGGUGAGCUCCUACUGGGUUCAAAAGGGUGAUUUUCUGCCCCCACGAGACGAUUCACUGCCGGAUCCAGUAACGUUCCGACGAAAGUUUGUGCUUACGAAGUCGGUGGAAGAAAAUUUGCGCCAUGUAUCACGGGCAGCAUUGAUCGGGAAGUAUCCUGUGCUGUUGCAGGGACCAACGUCUGCAGGUAAAACAUCCUUAAUUGGGUAUCUGGCAGCACGUAUCGGACAAAAGUGCGUGCGUAUUAACAACCACGAGCACACAGACAUUCAAGAAUAUUUUGGAAGCUACGUUUCGGAUUCCAACGGCAAGCUUGCAUUUAAGGAAGGUGUUCUAGUUGAGGCCGUUCGCAAGGGUUGGUGGAUCAUUCUGGAUGAGUUAAAUCUGGCUCCUUCAGAAGUGUUGGAGGCUCUGAAUCGACUGCUGGACGACAAUCGUGAGCUGUAUAUGUCAGAGACACAGGAGACCAUUAAGCCUCAUUCGAAAUUUAUGUUGUUUGCAACGCAAAACCCUCCAGGGCUUUACGGUGGACGCAAGGUGCUGUCACGCGCAUUCCGCAAUCGUUUUUUGGAAAUUCAGGUUGAUGAAGUCGCGUCAGGUGAGCUGCAGACAAUUUUGCAGGAGCGCAGUUUACUGCCACCGUCAUAUUGUGGAAUUUUGGUUGACGUCAUGCGGCAGCUGCAGCUUGUUAGACAGCAAUCGUCAGUUUUUGCCGGAAAGUCGGGAUUUGUCACUACUCGUGAUUUGCUCAGAUGGGCUGAACGUCGACCAUCAACUAAGCAAGCUUUGGCCGAGGAAGGGUACUGUUUGCUGGCGGAGCGGUUGCGGAAAGAUGACGAGAAGCAAGUAGUCAAGCAAAUUUUGGAGAAGAAGUGCAACGUCAAAAUUGAUCUGGAUGCCCUGUACCACGGUGGCAAGCCUCGUGAGUCAACUCUGCUGAAUCAGAAUGGUGAGAUAGAGCAGGAAACGGUUUGGGGUACUAGAGAUCAGUUUGAGCGUGUUCAAGCCAUGGUGGAACGCGCUAUUGAGGAAGCUGCUUACGGAAAGUUGAGCAAUGACGAGCGUAAGUGUGCCGGCAAUGCAGCAGGAUUGGACAACAUUAGUGUGACGAAGUCGCUCCGUCGACUCUUUGCGCUUGUUGGACGUUGUUUGCAGAACGAAGAGCCUGUACUUUUGGUUGGAGAAACCGGUUGUGGAAAGACUAUGGUUUGCCAGCUGUACUCGCUCCUUUUCGCGCAGCCGCUUCACAUCCUGAAUUGUCACCAGCACACUGAGACCUCAGAUUUUCUGGGUUGCUUACGGCCUGUUCGUGGAAAAGAGAAAACUGCCCAGGAGCUAGAAGUCGCACUUGUAGAUUAUUUUGCGAUAGGUGACGGAUGCACUGAUUAUCAGGUAAUCGAGCAGCGUCGGACUAAUGCCAAAGCCAUGGAUGUAAACUCGAUGCUUCAGAAAUACGAGUAUACGCGAGCUAGCGUUAUGAGUGGUGAGUUGACGCAGCAGAAGAAACUUUGCGAGCAGAUUGAUGUAUUAAAAUGCCGGCUCCAUUCUAUUUUCGAAUGGGUCGACGGUCCUCUGCUAGAGUCCAUGAAGAAUGGCGAUUUGAUUUUGAUCGAUGAGAUAAAUCUUGCUGAAGAUGCCGUGCUGGAGCGUUUAAACAGUGUGCUGGAACCGUCACGAACGCUGCUGCUUGCUGAAAAGGGAGGUGACCAAGUGGAAGAGAUUGUAGCUCACCCAAAAUGGCGUGUGAUGGCGACGAUGAACCCUGGUGGUGAUUUUGGUAAGCGUGAGUUGUCUCCAGCUUUGCGUAACCGUUUUACAGAAAUUUGGGUACCAUCCAUAUCAGACUUGGGUGAUAUAGCCAUGAUCAUUCGUGACAGAUUAGUUGGACCUCAGACGAUUAACCGGCCAGCUUUUACAAUGCAAUCAAAGCAAAUGGACGACCUGGCUCCGCUAUGCAACCCAAUUCUUAGUUUUGUUAAGGCUUUCAACGAGGCAAAUGGAGGUAUCGGUGGGUGCGGAGCUGUGACUAUGCGCGAUAUCUUAAGCUGGACCAAUUUUAUAAUAUCUUACGUAGAGAAGCGAGAAGCUGAUUCAUCACUAACGGAAACGGCAUGGACGGCGUUUGUGCAAGGUGCAGCACUGUCUUUACUAGAUGGUCUUGGUCUUGGGUCUGAUAAAGCACUUUACUCGGCUCUGAAGGCUAGAGAAGAAGCAUACCGCUAUUUGUUAGCGCUGGUACCAGACGAUGACCUCCAUAUUAAGGAGAAAGUCAUUGACACGCUGAAUGUCUCGACGCUAUCUGUUGAAAGCAGUAUUGAACAACUAAAUUUGAACGCUGCGAAGGGAGCGACCAAAAAGAUGUUUGGCAUUUACCCGUUUUUUAUCUCUCGCGGACCUGAUCCGGUGUGGCAAAAGUCCUCUUUUUCCUUAAAGGCCCCGACAACGAUGUCGAACUUAUACCGCGUUUUGCGGGCCAUGCAGGUUUGUCGCCCCAUCAUCUUGGAAGGUUCUCCAGGUGUUGGCAAGACGAGUUUGAUUAGUGCAUUGGCGGCAGCUUCAGGUCACCGCCUUGUGCGUAUCAAUUUAUCAGAACAGACUGAUAUAUCUGAUCUCUUUGGGUCGGAUUUACCAGCCGCCUCUGGUGACAAGGGCAGCGGCCAAUCGAAAAGAGGAAGCUCAAGCGGUAUGUUUGAGUGGUGCGACGGUGUGUUCUUGCGAGCUUUGAAAGCAGGUGAUUGGGUUUUACUUGAUGAGCUGAAUUUGGCGUCGCAGUCUGUUUUGGAGGGUUUGAACUCAUGCCUGGACCACCGAGGUAGCGUUUACAUUCCGGAGCUCGACCGCGAGUUUGAGUGUCCGCCAACUUUCCGCGUGUUUGCUGCGCAAAACCCGCUUCGACAGGGCUGUGGUCGCAAGGGCCUCCCUAAAUCUUUUUUGAACCGGUUCACACGAGUUUUUGUUGAGACGCUGCACGAACAAGAUCUCAUCCAUAUUACAAGCUCGAUGUAUCCUCUGCUGCACUACGCAGUCGCAGAAAUGGACUUGAGCGGGGGGGUCGUCCAGUAG